AUGGCAGAUUAUGACCGGCGACGGAGAGGCGGUGGUGGUGGAGGUGGAGGAGGUCAUUUCACCAACCGCAAAAGAAGAUACAGAGAGGAUGACUACGAAGAUCGCCGACCGCAGCGCCGUCGUUAUGAGGAGCCGCUGGCCCUGACUCUACGCAAACAAGUUCUCUCCAUCGCAGAAAGUCCUGUGCGAAGAGCAGAAGAUGAAGUCGCAACUAUCGCAAAGACUCUGGCCGAGAACUAUUUUGACACCGAUCUCACCUCGGGAUUCCUAGAUCUCGUUGUGCAGCUCCCCGUCGAACAACCCCUCAAGAUCCCCUUUGUUGCGGCUAUUCUGCUUCUGGCAAAUGUCCAGAAGCCUGAAUUUACAUCUGAAGUCUUGGUCAAAGUCGGAGAAGCUCUCCAAAAGCAAUUGGACGUUGGGGCGUGGCGAGAAGUCAAACUAUACUUGCGCCUUCUGGGUUGUCUUCAGGGCAUGUUUGAGGGCGAUGGGAUUUUUCCACUGCUCGAAGAACUCUUCUCGCGCGCGGCUGACUUGCAAAUGAAGUCGUCCGAAGACUCUCUGGGCCUCGAGCUCGUCAAAGUCAUCUUGAUGACGCUUCCUUACGCUAUGGCAUCCUCGGCAACCGGCUUUGAGACUCAGGCUAUUGCCCUGUUGGACAAGACGGACAUCAUUGCCUCUACAGCACAUCCUCUGGAGUCGUUGGUCGAUCCAUUUCCGAGCCGCGAAGUCGGCGCAUCUACCGGGUCAGAGAGCGCACUUGCACUUCUCCAAAGACACAUGCAAGAGGAGUCGAAAAAUUCUUGGGAGUUGGCCUGCCUACCUCGCCCAUGGAAAGGAAAUCGCUCAUCUGAAGAAGGGGAUCCAUUGGAUGGGGCACAAAAGCAUCAGUUCCCUAAAGUGACCGUUCCGGAGACCGUUAAGACUGGUCCGCGGCCACUGUUCCCCGAGAUCUACUUCUCCGUCUAUCGCGAACAAGAAAUUGAGACGGUCCCUCCGGUCUCGGAUCCCGCUGCUUUACUAGUUCGAGAUGCCUUGUCUGAUACCAUCAACGUGCUCGAUUUCAAUCGAGCGGUAGCCGCCAAAUUUCUCAUCGACGUCGAUUGUUACUUUGCCCCAGGUACUUUUGUGAAGAGAGCCACACCAUUUGACAAGUUGCGGGAGGUCGCUGGGGACAAAGCAACCUGGAAACCAGAGGAUGUUGUUGUUGAUGCGGCAUUUUCUCAGCUGCUGCAGUUGCCUGCUCCCGAGCAUAAGUUGGUGUACUAUCAUUCGGUGCUGACUGAAGCGUGCAAGCUAGCUCCUGCAGCUGUUGCGCCUAGCCUGGGCCGAGCAAUUCGAUUCCUGUACAGGAACGUGGAUAAGAUGGAUUUGGAACUUUCUCAGCGCUUCUUGGACUGGUUUGCCCAUCAUCUCAGCAAUUUUGGAUUUACAUGGAAGUGGACUGAAUGGGUCGAUGAUGUCAAUCUGCCUGACGUACACCCAAGAAAGGCAUUUAUUAUUGAUGCCUUGGACAAAGAGAUCCGACUGAGCUUUUCCAAACGGAUCAAGGGCACCUUGCCCGAACCCUAUCAAGCCCUCAUCUCCGAAGCGAAAGAAAAGGAAGUACCAGAUUUCAAGUACAAUAACGACUCCACGCCGUUUGCCGCCGAAGGAAAAGAAGUUGCCCAGAUGGUCCGGCGGAAGGCAACUAGCGAGGAAUUUGCUCCCAUUUUGGAAAAGAUCGAGCAAGAAGUUGCAGCUUCAGGAUUGCCCGACCCUUCUCUUGCAUCAACAGAUGUCUUUGUCACUUCGAUGUGCUGGACGGGAUCAAAAUCGUUGUCUCACGCGUUGGCCUGCAUUGAACGGUGCAAGGAACGUCUCUUGGCGAUAAGCGCUUCUAGUCCCGCAUGCAGAAAACAAAUAAUCACCUCCGUGGUGGACUACUGGCGUGAUCAACGUGGCGUCGGAGUUGUCCUCGUCGACAAGCUACUCAACUACCAAAUUCUGACCCCUGACAGCGUUGUUGAAUGGGCGCUCAUCGAUCAUGUCUCGCGCGGCACGCUCCUUGCCACGACUUGGUGCUACGAACUCAUCAGCAACACAACUCGCAAAGUUGCAGGGCGAGUUCGAAGCAUCGUUGGUGCAAUUCGCUCGCCUGGUCUCUCGGAAGAACAGAGGCUAGAACUUCAGCAAACAUUAAACCGUGAACUGGAAGGAAUGAAGUCCCUUUUUGCCAUCAUUGAAGAUGCGGUUGUGAGCAUUAGGGACGGGAAUCAAGAUGAGAUGAUGGAGAGCUCUGAUGCGUUGCGCGCCGAAGAGGAGGAACUAUUGAAGUCGUGGGGAGGACGAUGGGCAAGAGUAUUUCAACGCAGGUACGCAGUUGAAGAGAGCUGGGUGAGGGAGGAGCUGGUGAAGCCAUUGCCGGUGGUGGAAGAGAAGGCUGCGGAGGACGAGGUGAUGAAGAUGGAUGACAGCAAGGGCGGAGUGAAUGGUAACGGAGCGGUGGGAUUGACCGGCGAUAAUGGAGAAGAAGCCGAUGCCAUUGACGGGAUUGAAUAG